AUGUCGCACACGCAGCCUCCGUCUUCGUCCAUCGCCCCUCGUCGCAGAACGUCGCUCCUCAUACAAAGUCGGCCGAAAACCGCCAACGCCAAUGGACUGGAAAACGAUGGACCUCGCGAUAGACCAGUCUCAAGAAAGUCCUUGAUGGCUUUCCACGUCCGAGAUGGUUUGGAUUGGAGCAACUUUGGCCGCGGUAAAGAAGGGAUGGAAGCGAGCAAGGACAAUGUCCAUGCCGACCCGUUUUGCGAUUAUGAUCAUGAAUCCCAGACCCGAGACCCUUUUCAUCAGCGACGCUACUCUGCGUUUACACAAACCUUGAAGAACAGCAUGUCUGAACUGCGUUCUCUGACUCGGCGAAUGUCACUAUCUGUCAAAGGUAGAACCCAUCGACAAAAAGAGGAAUGGACAGAGGCUGGGGAACCGCAGUCGUUACGUUUCAAGCCGGGCGAUGACAUGAUGGAUCUGACUGAGGCGAUGUCUACCCUGCCAAGGUCUCGUGGGAGGCGUGUUUUCGAUUCGGGCCCUAAGAGAAGACCGUCUUUACCGCUACUCGACUUCCAGGGCGCUUUGGAGUCCCAAGCAGAGUCGCAAAAAGUCGUUGCGCCGCGUAGCAGAGUGCAGCCGCUUUUGUCUGAUCUUGUAUACGGCGGAUCAGGUGCAAGGGCUUCUGCUGCUGCUCAGAAUGAGCUGUACCAUGCUUCCAGGACUCCACCUCUCCCACCUUACGCGCUGCAUGACCCCGUGAGGGAGGGGAAGCCAGAGGAUGACGCCGAGAGUGGCAUUGGUAUUGUCCUUGAUGCACAUGCUCGUCGUGGGUCAUCUCCGGCUACCGCUCAUCUGGUCUGCAGGGAUCCUGCAUCGGUACUUCCCACAGAGCUGGUUGAGAAUAUCAUGUCUUUCCUUGAUGUCGAGUCCUUAGUUCAAGCGGUGAGGGUAUCAAAAAGAUGGCAUGAAGCGUGCCGGUCACAGGCUAUCUGGAGAAAGAUCUUCUACCGAGAGUACGGCCUCAAAGUGCAGACUCCGACGACCCACCUGCCGGUUGAUGCUGGUCUAGGCAAGAAAAUGCCCGGUCAAGACUACCGAAAAUUGUUCAAAGUACGCACACUGAUCGACAAGCGAUGGCGCAAUGGAGAGGCCGCCGCGAUUUAUCUCAAUGGGCAUAAGGAUAGCGUCUACUGCGCUCAGUUCGACGAGCAAAAGAUCAUUACUGGUUCAAGAGAUAACACGAUCCGGGUUUGGGAUGCUCAUACCUACCAAUGCAUUCGCAAGCUUGGGCCGCCCAAUAAUCCCCGUGAGAGGCAUACACUUGUCCCCCCUCCAGUUGACCCGCAAGGGGUUCUGCCUUUUUGCAAGGCUGAAAUGUCAUCUCCCGACCCGGCAUCAACACCAAUUGGAAUGUGGCAUCAAGCGUCAGUGUUGUGUCUACAGUACGACUCGGAGAUCCUGGUCACGGGUUCCUCGGACUUUACUUGCCUGGUGUGGUCUAUGAAGGAGGAUUUCCGACCUUUAUUCCGUCUAUCCGGGCACCAUGCCGGAGUCCUUGAUGUCUGUCUGGAUAAAACGCGGAUCAUCACCUGCUCCAAGGACACGACAAUCAAGGUUUGGGACAGAUUUACGGGCCAGUUAAUCAAAACACUGGUCGGGCAUCGGGGCCCCGUCAACGCCGUCCAAGUCCGGGGAAACCUGUUGGCCAGCGCUAGUGGCGAUGGCAUGGCGAAGCUAUGGCGUCUCGAGGACGGGGUGUGCAUCAAAGAAUUUCAGUCCAAAGAUCGCGGCCUUGCCUGCGUCGAAUUUUCCGAGAACGGGCGGACCAUUUUCGCAGGUGGAAACGACAAGGUCAUCUACGAAUAUGAUACCGUGACGGGCAACCGUAUCCGCGAGCUGCGAGGUCACGGAGAUCUGGUCAGAUCACUUCACCUCGAUUCGGCUAACUCCCGUAUCAUCAGCGGCAGCUACGACCAUUCCAUCAAGGUGUGGGAUGCGGAAAAGGGGGAAGCGGCCGAAGACGGAGGGCUCAAGAUCAAUUUUGAAGGCUGGACGUCGAGUUGGAUAUUGGCAGCGAAGAGCAAUUACCGCAAGAUUGUUUGCACCAGCCAAGACGGACGAGUGGUCAUCAUCGACUUUGGAUAUGGGAUUGAGGGUGUUGAGCUGGUCGAGGCUUAA